AUGGAUGCAGGUAGUCAGAUAUUUUACUCCUAUGGAGUUUGUACAGGAGUACUGACUGCUUUGGGAAGCUACAACAAAUAUGAGAACAACUGCUAUAGAGACUGUGUAUACUUGUGUCUGCUCAACAGCUUAACUAGCUUUGUGGCUGGUUUUGCUAUAUUUUCGGUCCUGGGCUUCAUGGCAGAUGAACAGGGAAUGGAUAUUUCAGUGGUUGCAGAGUCAGGUCCUGGUUUGGCUUUCAUUGCUUACCCCCGUGCUGUAGCUUUGAUGCCCCUGCCUCAGUUAUGGGCAAUCUUCUUCUUUAUCAUGAUCAUAUUCCUGGGAUUGGAUAGUGAGUUUGUGUAUCAUGAAGCCCUGGUAACGGCUAUCUCGGAUAUGUAUCCCUCCUUCUUCCAAGUUGGACAUCGGAGAAAAUUUCUUCUCCUCUUCAUAAGUGCUGCCAGCUUCCUUUUUGGUCUGCUAAUGGUAACAGAGGGUGGCCUGUAUGUCUUCCAGCUUUUUGACUAUUACGCCUGUAGUGGCAUGACUCUUCUUACGUUUGCUAUCCUUCAGGCCAUCUGUGUUGGAUGGGUAUAUGGUGCAGAUCGCCUCUAUGAUAGCAUUGAGGAUAUGAUUGGAUAUCGACCCUGGCCUUUCAUGAAGUGUUGCUGGAAAUAUCUAACACCAGCUGUAUGCACAGGAACGUUUAUCUUCUCCUUGGUUAAAUACACCCCUUUGAAGUUCAACAAUGUGUAUGAGUACCCCUGGUGGGGUUAUGCGAUUGGUGGCUUCUUCACCCUUUCCUCCACCCUACUAGUUCCACUGUGGAUGAUUUAUUUGGUUGGCACCACUCCAGGGUCUAUGCGACAGGUAUAUAAGAUCGUUGGAUAG